AUGGCCUUUUCCAAGAGCAUGGCUUUGAGGUUCUACAUGAGAGUGGCACUGUUCUUUCCGGUGCCUCUCUAUGCAUCGGUCUUUUGGACAGACAAUGCCUUACUGGUCACCUUGACCUUGACCUCGCUGGUGGCCAUUCCCCUGCAGUUGUUGUGGAUGAGAAAGCGAUACGGCCCCUUCCUGGCGUUUCUGAGCUGCGUCUAUGCCUUUCAGGUGGCCAUUUGUGUGGGAGUGUCUUAUCUGCGCAUGGCAGCUCACCACACAGAAGAUGCAGUGAAGCCAGAUAGCCCCAUCGAGACCAUCUCGGUAGUGAUCACUGCCCAUAACGAACAUCAGUACAUGGAGCGAACCUUGAACUCCAUCUUGGACACCACGCCAGAAGACAUGCUGAUGGAGAUCAUCGUCAUUGAUGAUGGGAGUGACCCUCCGCUACAGCUCAACUACGAGAAGGUGCAUUUGCUCCGACACGAGACCAGGAGAGGCUUAGUAAAGUCCAAAAUGGAGGGAGGCAACAUGGCCAGGGCUGACAUGAUCAUGUUCCUGGACGCACAUGUAAAGCCGACGAAUGGCUGGUACAAAGGCCUGUUGCGACACGUGAACAUCAACUACAAGCGAGUCGUGGUGCCAUUGAUCCCCAUUUUAAACGGCGAUACUUGGAAGAUCAACAACAUGGCCGUUGGGGUGAAGAUGAUGUUCGAUUGGAGGCUGCAGUUCAACUGGCUGGACGAUGGAACCGACCUGGUGCCCUGCAUGAGUGGCGGCCUCUUUGCCAUCACGAAGCGCUGGUGGCACGAGUCCGGCGAGUAUGACUAUGGCAUGAACAUGUGGGGCGCCGAGAAUAUCGAGCAAUCCAUUCGAAUCUGGCUCUGCGGCGGGGAAAUCUUCGUCGCUCGAGACUCGCGAAUUGGCCAUGUGUUCCGGAGCGAAUUCCCCUAUGAAAUCAACAAGACAGAAGUACUUCUGAACAAGAUCCGGGCGGUGGAGACGUGGUUCGACGAGUACAAGGCCUACUACUACCAUGCAGAGCCUGCAGCCUCCAGGUUCCUGCCAUCGAUGGGUGACAUCGAUGAGCGGUUGGCUUUAAAGGAGAGGCUUCAAUGUAAGCCUUUCAGUUGGUUCGUGCAGAAGUUCCACAAGGUCUUCGACAAGAAAGGUAUGCUGCCCCGCGAGAGCGUUCAGAUUCGUGAUAGCCAUACAGGUUUGUGUAUGGAGACCAGCGAGUCAGGUGAUGGUUUGCAUGAGGCACCGUGCGAAGAUGAGCCAAAGCAGCGCUUCGCACAGCAUGCGAUGACCAUGAAGAGUUUGCUGUCGGGUCUGUGUUUGGAGGCUGAGAAGGUGCCUGGCAAUGCAAAGCUGGCGACCUGUUCCAAAAGGAGCUCCCGGCAGACUUGGAGGUUUCUUAGGGGUCACAUCCGGCAUGAGCACUACUGUGUGGAGAGCAAGGCACAAGGUCCAUUGGCGAUCCACGGAUGUGGUCAAUUCCUGAAAGGCGAUGGGCCCUUCUGGUUUAUCAACCAUAAGGUGUUACCACCAGAAUAG